AUGAAGCUCCACGCCCUCGCUCUUGCCGCCAUCUUUGCCACGGCCAUGGCGUCCCCUACUGCCGAGUCCUCGGGCGACGGCUGGGGCAAUGGCGGCGACGGCGGCGACGGCGGCGAUGGCGGCAACGGCGGCGGCGGCGGCGGCGGUGGUGGCGGCGGCGGCGGCGGCGGCGGCGGCGGCGGCGGUAGUGCCAACUACGAGGCUUGCCCAUCUGGCCUCAUUGGCUCCUACCCGCAGUGCUGCACGGUGGACAUCCUCAACGUCCUUGACCUAAACUGCAAGCCGGUCCCUAUCGUCCCGACGUCGGCUGCUGAAUUCGAAGCCGCCUGCGCUUCCGUUGGCGGCGUGCCCGAGUGCUGCACCGUUCCCCUUGCCACUCUUGGUGUGCUCUGCGAGGUUCCUCCUGGCACUGCGUAA